AUGGAAGUAAUUUGUGGCAUGCAACUGAUUACACCCCACCUUUACCUCCUGUUCGUAGAACUAUCCCUGGGAGACCUUCAACUAAAAGGAAAAGGGAUGCAACAUAAACCCCAAACGAGUCAAGGUGUAGCUGAAGCACUCAAUGAGGAUGAUGAAGCUAAUCAAUCUAAUGCAGUCAGUGAUGGUGGAGAAGCAGUCGAUGAGGUGCAUGUGCAACAAGACUAUGAUGAGGUGGAACUCACUCCUUUGGAGUUUGAUGCAUCAACUAAUGGAGAACCUAGUUAG